AUGGUUGUUGCAACUCGUCCUCUUCGCGGUUCGCGCCUUGCCUCGUUUUUCCCGUCCGUACCUGCUGAAGGUCCAUCUCUGUCCGACCUCGACAGCGCGUUUCAGCUUCAGGAAUAUAUUGCACUCCUUAUUCGUAAAAACCCUCAUGAUGUUGAUACCAUUGUCUCGCUUCCUGAACGCGUCAAGAUGUCCGGAAAGGAAGACGAUAAAUCGGACAUGUCGCAGGACAAAGGCGACGUUGUCGUCGACGAGGCCUGUUGGAUUUAUGAGCAGCUUCGGCGACUCGCUCAGGACCUGACACAUCCCUUAAUUACUCUACUUCAACAAGAAUGCUCUCGCGCGUCGUGUCCAGAGAUGAAGGCCGGAGAAUGGCUUUAUCUGUGUGUUGCACAUGGAAAUGAUGGUGCAAUGGAGCAAUGUUGUGCUAUAGACUAUAUCAUCCAUACAUUGGACAGUGCAACUGCUCUUCUCAACUCUCCCCGUGCAUUCCCAUCUCGAAUUUCCAUCCCACAACCAUCAGUACGGCAUUUCUCCUCUCUAGCGCGCCGGUUGGGACGUAUUUUCGCACAUGCGUAUUUUCACCAUCGGGAGGCUUUCGAAUCUGCAGAGGCAGAGAACUCACUUUACGCCCGUUUCUUGGCGCUCACUUCACGCUUUGAACUCGUCCCACCAGAGUUCCUCGUCAUCCCUCCACGCAUGACCAAUACAGAUGCAUCGUCUACAUCCCCUGCAGAAGCGGAACCACCACGCCUUCUUGGUGCCGCUCUCAAUCCACAACCUCCAAGUCCUGAGAGAUCUGGCCUUGCGGGUUACGAAAGUCCGCGCAAGGUUGGUCGCAACCGAACUGAUACCAUGGUGUUCAGUGAGGCAGAAGCGUAUAGCGAAGCGCUGCGUGGUAACACCGGCUCUCCUCCCGACCCAGGAUCUUCUGACACUUCCGAGCAUAGAGUCCACCAGGGAUUAAAUCUCGAUACAGCGGAAAGUGAGACUACGUAG